ACCAUGGUUCUCCAGCUCAAACCAUCACCUGCACAGCAUACAGCACCUGAAACAAAGCUCAAAUUUCAUUCAUCGUCUCAUCGCCAUGGUGGUUCCGGUGAUCGACUUCUCGAAGCUGGACGGCGCCGAGAGAGCCGAAACCAUGGCGCAGAUCGCCGACGGCUGCGAGAACUGGGGCUUCUUCCAGCUAGUAAACCAUGGCAUCCCGACGGAGCUCCUGGAGCGCGUGAAGAAGGUAUGCUCGGAGAGCUACCGGCUCCGAGAAGCCGCGUUCCGGUCGUCGGAGCCGGUGCGGACGCUGGAGGCGCUGGUGGAAGCCGAGCGGCGCGGCGAGGCGGCGGCGCCCGUGGACGACAUGGACUGGGAGGACAUCUUCUACCUCCACGACGACACCCAGAGCUGGCCGUCCUCCCCGCCGGGGUUCAAGGAGACGAUGCACGAGUACCGGGCCGAGCUCAAGAAGCUGGCCGAGAGAGUCAUGGAGGCCAUGGACGAUAACCUGGGCCUCGAGACGGGCCGGAUCAAGGCCGCCUUCACGGGCCACGGCCGCCACGCGCCGUGCUUCGGCACCAAGGUGAGCCACUACCCGCCGUGCCCGCGGCCCGACCUCGUCACGGGCCUCAGGGCCCACACGGACGCCGGCGGCGUGAUCCUGCUGUUCCAGGACGAUAAGGUCGGCGGCCUCGAGGUGCUCAAGGGCGGCGAGUGGCUCUCCGUGCAGCCGCUCGCGGACGCCAUCGUCGUCAACACCGGCGACCAGAUCGAGGUGCUCAGCAAUGGCCGCUACCGCAGCGCCUGGCACCGCGUCCUCCCCAUGCGCGACGCCAACCGCCGCUCCGUGGCUUCGUUCUAUAACCCGGCCUUCGAGGCGGCCAUCUCGCCGGCGGUGGCGGGCGCCGGCGGCGAGUACCCGGAGUCGUAUGUGUUUGGGGACUACAUGGAUGUCUACAGCAAGCACAAGUUUGAAGCCAAGGAGCCCAGAUUCGAGGCCGUCAAGGCGCCAGCAAAGGCAACAGCUUGAAAUUGAGUAUUGAUCGUGGGGAUUAAAGGAAAUUUUAUAUUGUAGUAUUACGUUGGAUAUAUACAUGCUGCCCCUUAAUAUUUAUUUAAAUAUGGGCCAUCUCAUGGAAAAAAAAUCAAUAUGUAGCGAGAAAAGAAAAUGUACAUGUUUACAGAACAAAUUUGAGUUUGAACAAAUUUUACAUGUUUACGAAAUUCCAUCCCACCAAUGUAUUCUACUCACUCCGAUCCUAAAUUGUUGUCGAAAUAUUACAUGUAUCUAGACGUUUUUUAAGAAUAGAUACACC